UCUAUGGGAUAGGGAUGGGGGGGUCUCCUAUGUCCCCCCUUCCCUCCAUCCAUGGGGUCCCCGAUCUCCCCCCAUUUCCCUUUAACAGAAGCAAACCGAGGUGGAGAGGCAGAAGAUCGUGGUGGAAUGUAAAGAAUUAAAGGGUUUUUUAGAGGAAAAGGAGCAAUUCUUGUUAUCCCGACUGGAAGAACUGGAUCGGGACAUCGUGAAGAGGAGGGAUGAGAGCGUGACCAGGUUGGAGGAGGAGAUUGAACGGCUGGAUCAAUUAAUGGGGGAGAAUGGAGGGGAAAACAGCCCCAAAAACAAGGCUGCCAACACACCUGGAAACAGCAUUGAAAGUUGGAUGUUCUGUAAACCGGAGCCCGGAUUUCAUGAAAUCGAGAAGAAAUUAAAGAGUUUCGCCCAAAAAAGCGCCGUGUUGAAAGAGGUGCUGCUGGAGUUCAAGGAGAACCUUCGUUUUGAGCUGGAGAACGAUACAGGAGACCUGUCUCUGGACCCAGACACAGCCAACCCCUACCUGGUUCUAUCAGAGGACAAGAGGAGCGUGAGGCUUCGCAGCGCCCCCCAGGAGCUUCCUUCCAACCCUAAAAGAUUCGAUUACUCCUUCUCCGUGCUGGCAGCUGAGGGUUUUACAGCCGGGAGACACUAUUGGGAGGUGGAAGUGGGAGAUGGGGAGAGUUGGGUGUUGGGAGCAGCACGUGAGUCAGUCAGGAGGAAAGAGAAGAUCGAUUUCGCCCCCGAAGAGGGAAUUUGGGCCAUAGGGUUGAAUUGGAAAGGGAAGAAUUGGGAUCAAUAUCAGGCUUUCACCUCCCCCGAGACGCCCCUUUCUUUAUGUGAAAGACCCAGGAAGAUCGGGGUGUAUCUGGACUACGAAGGGGGUUGGGUGGCGUUUUAUAACGCCGAGAACAUGGCGCCCGUCUUCACCUUCACGGCGGCCUUCACCGAGAAGAUCUUCCCUUUCUUUUGGCUCUUCUACGUGGGCUCCUCGCUUUCCCUUUGUAAUUAAUUUGCCUGGUUUCGUGCCCAUUUUAAGCCAAUAUUGCCCCAUUUGAGCCCCAUUCGACUCUUAGACCCUCGGCUUCCCGUUGUCCUCCUCCAGCUCCGUAGGGUUCGGAUGCUUUUGGUUUUAUCUUAACUUUUAGAAGCCCUUUUUUUUUUGGAUUCUUUUAACCCAAAAAAGAGCCCUCUGGGGUUGGGGGGGAGUCAGACAUUGAGGGUGGGUGGACCUGGCUGCUUGGAUAGCCCCCCAAAUAGGGUUUGAUUGACGCCCUAUAGAGAAGGGGGUGGGCUUUUAUCCCCUAUAGAGAUGGGGGUGGGCUUUAACCCCCAUAUAGAGAUGGGGGUGGGCUUUAAUCCCCUAUAGAGAAGGGGGUGGGCUUUAACCCCCCUAUAGAGAUGGGGGUGGGUUUCAAUCCCCCCGAUGGAGAAAGGGGUGGGCUUUAACCCCCCUAUAGA